AUGGAUCGUCUACCACUUGCGCGAAAGAGAGCCUCGUUCAAUCUGUUCCGGAAGCGAUCGAACUCUGCUACAUCUACGACGCCCAGUGAGCAGACGCCCAGUGGCCAGACGCCCAGUGGCCAGACGCACAAUGACCAGUCGCCCAGUGACCAGACGCCCAGUAACCAGACGCCCAGUGACCAGAAGCCGCGGGAGCAGAAGAGCGCGCCAUACCGAGACCAGCGUUAUGAGACCCUGCUCAAGGUCAAAGGCAGCUACAUGACCAAAGCUCCAGCUCCACUAGGCAUAGACAGCGCCAGCCAGGCUCUUUGUCGGUCUCUCCUGAAGACGACCCAGCCAGUUCCCGGCGAUACACUUUUCCGUGACGAUCUCUUUGAAACGACAUGCCAGAAGAUAUACAACCAAAAUGAGGCGCGAAUCAUCCAAGACAUCAGUCGCCUCAUUGUUUCUUCAGCUGAAAGUAUUGUCGAACUCUUCCGUAUUAUUAAGCGCGAGGAUGAAAUUAACCGGAAGAUCCUCGCCUUUUCCAUUUCGCAUGAUUAUUCUUCGGUCCGGAUUUACGGCCACUACCCGGUAAUAACCGGCGAAAAUACUAAAUACUACCGCCAUCCGAUCCAUAUUUUUGACAUCGCUGCGCUUGAUGGAAAGGACAAAUGGACAGCGUACCAAUUCACCAAGAACGUCUACGACACCUGGAUGCCCAAGCAUUUCGAAAACAUCUGUUCUGCCAUCGAUCAAUUGCCGACGGACUUGAACUUUGAUGUCCCACCGCUUGCCCAGGAUUUGGGGACCUUGGUGCAGCAGCCGGAUGCCAGCGGCGCUUCUUUGCCUGACGAGGGGGGCAGCGAGUGCCAGUCAAGCAAUGCCGGGCAGCAGCAGGCGGUCAUUCCAGGUACCUCAUUCAGUAAGCCGAAGAGGAGGAAAGGAUACGGGGCCGGAAGGCCGUGA